CGGGGCGGCCCUGGUGCUUCUCGGGGCUCCUCACGAAGGCAAAAUGGCAGCGUGGAACCGCCAUCACCACUUCAACAUGCUCAUGGAUGAAAAUGCCAAAAACAAAUUGGGCGUUGUCGGCGGCGGCAUGCCAGAAGCCGCCGGUGGCGAGAGGCGGCACGUGCCGCUGUAUGGCCGGCUGGUGGCUGAAGAACAGCUCGCGUCCAUGAGCGCGCCUUCAGACAUUCAGGUGAGCGCCGUAGUGCGCAACCCUCGAGCUUUCUGCUGCUACCGUACCCCCACUAAGGCUAUGCAAGCCAGAAUACCACAUCACUUUCGGGAUCCUUCGACAGCGCCGCUACGGAAACUUAGCGUCGACCUCAUUAAAACUUACAAACACAUAAACGAGGUAAGUACCAGAUUUGUAUUGAAAAUUGUAAAGGAUCGUUAA